ACCGCCAUCAUGGUUAAAGCUGUCGCCGUCAUCCGAGGAGACUCCAACGUCAAGGGCUCCGUCACCUUCGAGCAAGCCGACGAGAGCGCGCCGACUACCAUCACCUACAACAUCACCGGCAACGACGCCAAUGCUGAGCGCGGCAUACACGUGCACACGUUCGGGGACAACACCAAUGGCUGCACGAGCGCGGGACCGCAUUUCAACCCCCACGGCAAGACCCACGGCGCGCCCGAGGACGAGGAGCGCCACGUCGGCGACCUGGGCAACUUCAAGACGGACGGCCAGGGCAACGGCACCGGCACCGUCACCGACUCGUUCAUCAAGCUGAUCGGGCCCAACAGCGUGGUUGGCCGCACCGUCGUCGUGCACUCGGGCACGGAUGACCUGGGCAGGGGCGGCAAUGAGGAGAGCAAGAAGACGGGGAAUGCGGGCACGCGUCCGGCUUGUGGUGUUAUUGGCAUUGCGGCUUAGAUUGUCGUGAUGAAAUGAUGCUACAGUCAGAGACGGUUCUGCGAGGGACUGGACUGGACUGGGCUCGGUUGGGUUGGAUUUGACGGUAGAUUGAGAGAGAGGGGCUAUUCUUUUUGUGGUGGCUGGGUGAAAAUGGGGCUUGAGGUAGCUUCGGAAUGAAAUAACGCUUUUGCAAACAUGUGCUCCGGAUUUGUGAGAUGUUUAGAAGCGGGCUUUUCUAAUCGGAGCAACGCUUGCCUAAAUUUACUGAGUGAGAAGUUCUAAAUAGAGACUCCAUCGUGUCAUGGUGUAUUCCAUCGUCAGUCUCCCACAAUCUCUACCCUCUCUAUAGAAUAAUAUAUUGAAAGUUUCGAGAUUUGC